ACAUGGUGCUGGAGGAAGAGCAAAGGAUGCUGGCCGGGUCCGGAGAUCCCAAUGAGGAAGAAGAGGAGGAGGAGGAAUUAGUGAUAGGACUGAGGCUUUCAGUGCAUACUGGCAACCCUGGAAGGCAGGAAUGUGAAACUUUCCCCUACUACUUAGCAUCAGAAUUGAAUGGGAGACCCCAUUCUGCCAUUUCUGGCGGCAGUGUGGCUCUGCCAGCUGGCCUUCUGCACGGAUCCCCUAACAACAGUGAGAGAGCAAUGCGAGCAGCUGGAGAAAUGUGUAAAGGCUCGGGAGCAGCUAGAGCUCUGUGAUGAGCGUGUAUCCUCCAGGUCACAGACAGAGGAUUGCACAGAGGAGCUCUUUGACUUCUUGCAUGCAAGGGACCACUGCGUGGCCCACAAACUCUUUAACAGCUUGAAGUAAGUGUGCAGAUUCGUUCACCCCAGGCUUCAUCACCCGGGCUUCGGGAUAUUUCCUUAUGGUUUGGAACAUGCCAUUUGUUUCUUAUUUGUGUAACUAAGUUCAUGUGAACCUCAAGGAUUUUUGGCUUAGGCUGGUAGCUUCUGUGUAAUUAUCAAUGAUUCCAUCUUAAUAAAGUCCAGUGAUCAGCA